AUAUACCUACCUAGGUAGGUAUAUAUAUAUUAUCCUAGCUACCUUUGGUAGGUAUGUGAAUGAGUAAGUGGAGAUGAGCAGCAUAUUAUACGUAAUUGGAACUUCAAAUCACCGCAACAAGACGAUCUGGACUACAUCUUUCACAAUCGACCACUCAACAUGGUCGAUGAUCUCACGUUUAUUCCCCAUUCUAGCGGCUUGGCUGGAACACUGGGGGAGGCCCGGGAGGGAUGUCUAAGCUGGCUAAGACUCCAAGUACCCAUUUGCCGAUCCUAUCCUUCAAUGAGAUCGAUUAGAUUGAUAAGAUCAUCUUAUUUAUCUAAUCAAUCAACUCACAUGUCAUUUACACCCAGACACCUUGUAUGAAUAGGGAAGCUCUCGACCGAAUACCAAGAGAUUCUUCAACAACCUACAGCUCCGGCUACGGACCUCCUGCGCGUAUUAAUUUAUCUGGGCAGUUUCGGUCGAGAUGUAGGUUAUAUAAAAACCUGCCAUAACUACCUGGUUCUAGCUAUGUCUUCGUUUUUACUAUCUUGUCUUCCUUUUGGGGUUUAAGCUUAGGUACCUCAUAAUGGCGGAUUCGCAACCAACACUUAACAGCCUUGCGGCAAAGAUCACGGAACUCUCGGAGACGUUUACGAAAUAUUUGAAGGAAAAUAACAUCACACAGCCGACCUUUGCGGCAGAUAGUCCGACCAGUUACACUAACUUGUCUCCCGAGAUAUUCGUAACUCGUCAGUUAUUAGCGGAUGCCUUGUCAGAUCUGUGGUAUUUAUCACAAGGACCAAGCGAGAGUAUCUACAACUAUGUCCAUAGCUGCAUACCUGAUGCUGCGGCCCUCAACAUCCUAAACCAGUUCGAUUUCUGGUCUGCUGUACCAUUAGAGGGUUCUGCCUCAUACUCCGAGAUUUCUCAGCAUGUUUCUCUUCCUGAAGAUGUUGUCCGGCGGGUCCUACAACAUGCCGUGACUCUCCGUAUCUUUGAAGAGACAGAUCCUGGUAAAUCCUCGACAAAUAUUCGCCAUAAUUCUCGAUCGGCAGCACUGGCACGGAAUGCUGGAUUACAGGCUCUUGUCUCUUCAGUUCUCGAUGUUGCCAGUGCGCCGAUGAUGGUCAUGCCCGAAGCAUUGAACAGGUAUAGCCGCGGCAAGUCGGCUCUGACUCAGAAUAUGGAUGAGACGUCGUUCGCCCUAACGUAUAGCGGAGGGCAACUUGGAAAGCAUAGAACCUCUUGGGAUCUGCUGGAGAACGAUGGGGAGGGUGAGAAUAAGGGCUGGCGGCAGAGAAAAUUUGUCGCAUUCAUGGCUUAUAUAAAAGAGCUCUUCCAUCUCGAAGGUGUCUUACUCGAUGCUUAUGACUGGAAAGCUGUAGGCAAGGCAACAGUGGUUGAUGUCGGUGGCUCUGCUGGUCACGAUGCUUUCGUGCUGGCGCGGAAAUUCCCCGAUCUCACCAUUACAGUGCAGGACUUACCGCAAGUAAAGCCGGUGUUUGAGGCUAACGUCCCCGAAGACCUGAAAGACCGUGUGUCCUUCGUAGCGCAUGACUUUUUCGAGCCACAACCUGUGCAGGCAGACAUCUAUAUCCUCAAGCUUAUCCUCCACGACUGGCCGGAUCACGAAGCAGUCAAGAUGCUACGAGCCAUGGUCCCCGGCCUAAAGCCGGGUGCUCGAAUCGUCCUCAUCGAGUACAUUGGUAACCAGCGCGAGACUGAAGGACCAUCGCUACCACGUUCGAUCCAAAACAUGGGUACGGCUACAGAUCUAAGAAUAAUGGCGUUGUUUAACGCGGAGGAGCGUCCUGUUGAGGCAUGGGCCAAGAUCUUCCGCGAUGCUGAUGAGCGGUUCGAGUUGGCUCAUGUUAACGCUAACCCUUUGACCUUCAUUUCUGUGGUUGAGUUCGUCUGGCGCGGGUAGACUAGCUACCUACAUAUACCGAGGGAGUAUGGUAUUAUAAGUGUAAAGUAUUAUAUGGCACAAGAAUAAAAAUGAAGAUAAAGUUGUUGGAAAAAUGGAUUAGUUGUAUUGCAUAAUUUUGAAGCGUCACUAGAAUCUUAAAGACGUGUACA